GCUCCUCACGAAUGGGGCGGUUCGUGUGUAUACGUGCUCACGAUAGGCACCGCUAUCAGAUGCGAUUCCCUCCCCCCACAUUCCAGCUUGGUAGUGACUGGAACGGCUGAGAAAGGGACAGUUUUUAAGACACUGUACCAUUAGUACGGAUCCUGGGGGGGAGGGGGUAUAUGCUUAGCAUGUUGGUCAGCUUCGUUCUCGUUCUAAUGAUUUACCACUUGGUUAAUCCCCCCCUUCCACCGCAUAAUGGGAGCGGCCGCUCCUCCCCCAACCCGACCGUUGUGGCGAAUGGUUCGCUCCGCUCGGUUGCCAUGGGCACGGAGAGACGCCACGCGACUGGCAGGAAUUAGUUGGUAUUUAGCACUGGAAAAAUGGCUAACCACGCUGCAUCAAUGACCUCAUUUGGAGAAUUCCUGGGGAUAUUGCCUUUGAAGCAUGCAGAGGAGACUGACACCAGCCAGCAGGGCCUGGAUGAAAAACCUUCAAAGUGCCUCAUUGGCAGCAUGCAGGAAGUGAACAAGAAAAUCGCUCGUUUUGAAUUGAAUUUGAAAAGAUACCAUGGUAUUGGCCUGGUGCUCGAAGAUUUGGAGUCAUCAAAGCCACACUCAAUACAGAAGAGCUUCAGAAGAGAGAAAAAACACUACCAGGCAGCCACGGACAGAGACAAAGACAGGAAGGAGUCUCAAGCCUUUGUACACAAACACAAGCAUUCUGUACCUACAGUGGAUGUUGACUUGCUGCCUCAGACCAAGGCCACCCAUAAGAAGAGUAUGUCAGAAAAGGACAAGCUGGUGGAACUGUAUCAAUACCCAGGGUAUAAUGAGCAUGAACCAACAGCACUGCCUAAUGAGACAAAUCUAGCUGAAGUAGUGGAGAAAGUUGUGUGUGCCCAGAGAAAGCCAGCAAGCGGAAAGAUUCGCUUUCCUCAAAAGAAGCUACGGAUGUUCCUCACAGCUCCACUCUCCCAGGCUGUUUUGCUGGAUAGCUUCUGGUGGUUCUUUCUCCAAUUGUAUCAGCCAAACCAAGAGAUUCAGGCACGGCUGUUUGAUCGCAUUGCAAAGAACUAUGCCUCUCUCCUACUUGACUGUCACAAAUUCCGCCACCAGGAGGCCCUCAUUAAAGCUUUCCCUUCCUUGCUGAGCCAAGCCUUGUACACCUGCUUCUGCUCCAGCUUCCCAGGGUCCUGGUUCAAUACGGAUGAGUUCAAGUCCCAGCUCUGUAAUGUGCUGUCAGAGUGGAUGGCAGGAACAUUGCCUGUCCCAGGGACCUACACAAGCUGGGACUACUCCCAGUUGGAACCAGAAAGGUUCAGAAGAGAAGAUUUGCUGUCAACAAAAAGGAAACAGAGUGUCACUUCCUUCCCCUUUGCUUCUUUCAAGACUUCUGGCAGUCUAGAGAAGACACAUAGGCCUUCCAUUCAGCCAUGGAAGCCCAACCCUUUGAUACAAGUUGUCAACAAGUGCCAGCCUGGUCAAAGAAGCCUACACCUUGAAUCCAGGGAAGCUAUACGUGGAUCUAUGUCCUUGAAAGGUGGCAGGGCCCUGCCAUGUGAUCUGCAGUUUAAAAAGAAUCAUGAAGAAAGUGGUUUGAAGCAGACCCAACAUGUGCUGGAGACAAGACGGCCAAAGAUCACUUCGCUUCAGAAAGAGUCACACCCAGCUUGUCGGGGCCCUGAAUUCACUUGGCAUCUUUUUAACAUCAAUGGGCACAGCGCACUAAUUCAGCACUUCCUCCAGAGCUACAAGGCUGAACCACAGGCUGGACAGGAUAUCCUGAUUCACAGGAGGGAGAUCUACAAGCCUAUACCAGAGUCUUCUCCAACUUAUGCAGAUAUAAUCCAACAGAGUUUUCAUCAUCUCCGCCAACUAGAAAGCACUUUCAAAAACAUGUACCAGCGACACUGCAGGGAAAUGAGGGAUUUUGACAAGCAGCAGCAGAAGGAAAAGCAAGAAUUCCUCAGGAAAGAGAAGCAAUUGCUCUUGGAAAAAGGAAAGAUGAAGACACUGAACCAACUGCUGCCCCCUCACCUAGAUGUACUUUGCAGUUCUGACAAGACUUUGGGUGCAUCAAGAAAUGUCAUCACUCAGGACCAGCCUUAAAUUAAACUGUACCCUAAGCAAAAAAGAAUGUUAUCCUCCUAAAAUUUAUUGAGCAUAAAUGUCUGUUUGCAACUCUGCUGCAUCCUAAUACAGUAUGCUUUGGGCAGUCGACCCUAAACAUCAGAGCUUUUGCCACGGAUUAAAAACAGUCAAACCUGAAAAAAAUGUCGAUUCAGUUCACAGAAGCACUUGGAGAGUGUAAAUGUUUGAGUUAUAACUUCUUUGGUCUAUAAACCUAGACUGGAAAAAAUCUCAUAAAAUGUGUAUUGAGUAAGAACUGAAUGAAAGUGAUACGUGGUGAUGAAAAAAGCCAGCUGCCUCUUUUUAAAAUUUGUUUUUAUUGCAGAGGUUUGAGUUGUCUUGUUUUAUUUGAACUCAUUUAAUCCUAGGCUAUGCAGCUUAGAUUCAUUGCCUCUCCUUGCCAACUACACCUAUGGUUGAAGCAACACUGGCCAGCUGGAGACUUUCCAAGAUGGAAGGAAGUUUGCUAGUUUUCUCUUCUGGUGAAACCUAGUAUGAAUCCAGCCCUGUCUUGGUUAUCCCAUCUGUGAAAUCAAGACAAUAUGUUUAUCCAUUGGACAGGGGUAUUGUGAAGCCUAGUGUGUGGAUAGCAUUCUGGAGCUAUCAGGUGGAAUGUGUUAUGUAUCCUAACUGCACUUCAGGAUGGGUAGCACUCUUUCCAGCUAUGUCCAUUCAUCAAUCUGUCUCUAAAUAGGAAAAAACAGAAGCAAGGACUUCUGAAACUAGGAAGCUAAUGUUAAGUGUUGUCUACAUAGGGUGAAUUGAUGGGAAUAGCUAUUCUGGUGUAACUGAAUGCUAUUCUGGAUUAAAAGGGUACUCCCAAAACUGA